CAUUUAUCAUCUGUGAUAAUUGCUUCAUAUUAGACACUCAUAUUUAGUAGUAAGAGUUUCUUAAAGAUUUAUAUCAAAUGACGUCAAUGGCCAGUUUGUUCUCUUUUACUAGUCCAGCUGUAAAGCGAUUGUUGGGCUGGAAACAAGGUGAUGAAGAGGAAAAAUGGGCAGAAAAAGCAGUUGAUGCUUUAGUAAAAAAGUUGAAAAAGAAAAAAGGUGCUAUGGAAGAACUAGAAAAAGCACUGAGUAGCCCUGGACAGCCCAGCAAGUGCGUUACUAUUCCUCGAUCUUUAGAUGGACGACUACAGGUUUCUCACAGAAAAGGUCUACCCCAUGUUAUUUACUGCCGAGUCUGGCGUUGGCCUGAUUUACAGAGUCAUCAUGAGCUGAAGCCGUUGGAUAUUUGUGAAUUUCCCUUUGGAUCUAAGCAAAAGGAAGUUUGUAUCAAUCCAUACCACUAUAAGAGAGUGGAAAGUCCAGUUUUACCUCCAGUAUUAGUGCCUCGACAUAGUGAAUUCAAUCCACAACACAGCCUUUUGGUUCAGUUCAGGAAUCUAAGCCACAAUGAACCACAUAUGCCACAGAAUGCCACAUUCCCAGAUUCUUUCCAGCAGCCCAACAACACUCCUUUCCCCUUAUCACCAAAUAGCCCUUAUCCUCCUUCUCCAGCUAGCAGCACAUACCCCAACUCUCCUGCCAGUUCUGGACCAGGAAGUCCAUUUCAACUUCCAGCUGAUACUCCCCCUCCUGCUUAUAUGCCUCCUGAUGACCAGAUGGGUCAAGAUAAUUCUCAGUCUAUGGAUACAAGCAAUAAUAUGAUUCCUCAAAUUAUGCCAAAUAUAUCAAACAGAGAUGUCCAGCCUGUUGCUUAUGAAGAGCCCAAGCACUGGUGUUCAAUUGUGUACUAUGAAUUAAACAAUCGAGUUGGAGAAGCUUUUCAUGCAUCUUCAACAAGUGUUUUAGUUGAUGGAUUUACAGAUCCUUCCAACAACAAAAGUAGAUUCUGCUUAGGUCUUUUGUCAAAUGUUAAUCGUAACUCAACAAUUGAAAACACCAGGCGGCAUAUUGGAAAAGGGGUUCACCUUUAUUAUGUUGGAGGGGAAGUCUAUGCUGAAUGCCUGAGUGACAGCAGUAUAUUUGUACAGAGUAGAAACUGCAACUUUCAUCAUGGCUUUCAUCCUACCACUGUCUGUAAGAUUCCUAGUGGCUGCAGCCUAAAGAUUUUUAACAAUCAAGAGUUUGCUCAGCUUUUGGCACAAUCUGUCAACCAUGGAUUUGAGGCAGUCUAUGAACUCACCAAAAUGUGUACAAUUCGAAUGAGCUUUGUAAAGGGCUGGGGAGCUGAAUAUCACCGGCAAGAUGUUACCAGUACCCCAUGUUGGAUUGAAAUUCAUCUUCAUGGACCUCUACAGUGGCUGGAUAAAGUACUUACUCAGAUGGGCUCCCCUCUUAAUCCCAUAUCUUCUGUUUCAUAGUGCUGAAGUCAUAUCUUCAAUUACUCUUUUAGUGACCUUAUUUUAAUUUUAGAGAACGCUUCUGUAUGGAUACUGUGAGCUUAAAUGGAAAACAGAUAUUAUAGCUUAUUUUUUUCAACCUACUUGUGACCAAUAUAUUUGUAUUUUGUAAUGAAAGGAUAUUACUGUUUUUACUCAUGGUUAUGUUAUAAAAAUAGUAGUUGGAGACUCAAAAAUGGCCUGAAAGAAGCCCAGCAAGUAUUUUGACUUGCAUACAUAUAAAAUUAGUUAUUUGAUUUUGCAUUUAUCUUAAACUAGAACAUGCAUUUAUUUCAGUGUUACUCUAAUUUUUAAAUGAAACAAAAAGAUCUUGAUCUCAUUAGAGUGUGAAAAUAUCUCUCAGAGGGCAUGUUGUAUUUCUUUUUUUAAAAAAAUAUUGUAAAAUGUGUGUUUUAGUUAAAGGAAUUCCAUUCACUGUUCUGUAGUAAAUCAAUUAUACUUUUAUAGAUGAAACAU